CCCGGCUUUGGGGUUUGGGGCAUCCGUCAGUCUGAACCACCUCCCCGCCUAGGCUGGGUGUGGGGAGUCUGCCCCUUGGCGGUCCUCUCCCUCCGCCCCCAAGGCCGCGCAGUCUCAAGUCUCCUCCCCUGGAGCUGGAACUGUCCCGCCUGCUCAGAGCCCCGCGACCCCCGACACAGCCUGGAGGGGACCUGGUUGGUCGCCCCAGCUGCUCCCUGAACUGUCCCCGGCGCGGCCCUUCCAGCGCCCCGGGGGCUGCGGUGGUCUGGGCGUGCGUGUGAGCGCCCCGCGCUUCGACCCUCGGCUCCUGCGGCCCCGGGACCUCCCGGGACCUUCCGCCCGGGUACUCGAGUCCCCCCCAACGAGGCUGCGGGAACUUUGCCGAAGCCCGACACCCAGGCGGGCUUCCUUUGGAAGUUCGAGCCCAGUUGGGUCUUUGUCUUCUGAGGAUCAUGAUUUUGACCCUACUGCUGAAAUGUUGGUGCAUGACUAUGAUGACGAAAGAACUCUUGAAGAAGAAGAAAUGAUGGACGAGGGCAAAAAUUUCAGUUCUGAAAUUGAAGAUUUAGAAAAGGAGGGAAAUAUGCCUUUGGAAGAUUUGCUGGCAUUCUAUGGCUAUGAAUCGGCAAUUCCAGGAAUAGCAGGUUCCAGUGCAAAUAGCUCCCCAAGUGAACUUGCAGAUGAACUACCAGAUAUGACACUGGACAAGGAGGAAAUAGCAAAAGACCUCUUGUCUGGUGAUGAUGAAGAAACGCAGUCUUCUGCUGAUGAUCUAACACCAUCAGUGACUUCACACGAAGCUACGGAUUUCUUCCCUCGGCCUUUAAGAUCUAACACAACUUACGAUGGUGAUAAAGAAUCAGAGGGUGAAGAUGUUGAAGCAGAUGCUGGUAAUUCAUCUGAAGAUUUAAGGAAGGAAAUAAUGGUGGGUUUACAAUAUCAAGCCGAAAUUCCACCCUAUCUUGGAAAGUACAUCGGUCAUGAGAAGGUGUAUGAAAAUGAAGAUCAAUUACUGUGGACUCCUGAUGUGGUUCUGGAGAGCAAAGUGAAAGAGUACCUUGUGGAGACCUCUUUAAGGACUGGAAAUGAAAAACCAGUGGACAAGCCUUCUGAGGGCGCGCACACGAGGGAUAACGAGCAGGCACUAUAUGAACUUCUCAAAUGCAAUCACAACGUAAAGGAAGCCAUUGAAAGAUACUGCAGCAAUGGAAAAGCAUCACAAGAAGAGAUGACAGCAUGGACAGAAGAAGAAUGCAGAAAUUUUGAGCACGCUCUUCUGAUUUAUGGGAAAGAUUUUCAUCUUAUACAAAAGAAUAAGGUGAGGACCAGGAGCGUGGCCGAGUGUGUGGCCUUCUACUACAUGUGGAAGAAGUCGGAGCGCUACGAUUACUUCGCUCAGCAAACGAGGUUUGGGAAGAAAAGAUACAACCAUCACCCCGGAGUCACGGACUACAUGGACCGCUUGGUAGAUGAGACGGAAGCCCUGGGCGGAGCCGUCAACUCUUCAGCCUUAACGUCGAGCCGCACCGACCCUCUUCCCGACCAGCCGCUGAGCAUCCUCAACUCCUUCACUGCCAGCGACCUGACAGCCCUGACCAACAGCGUCGCCACCGUCUGCAACUCCAGCGACGUGAACUGCCUGGACGACGGCUUCCCUCCGCUGGGCGCGCUGCCGCGGGGACAAGUGAACCACGUGCCUGGGGUGACGGAAGAGCUGCUCACCCUGCCCAGCAACGGCGAGAGUGAUUGUUUUAAUUUAUUCGAGACGGGAUUUUACCACUCGGAGCUCAACCCCAUGAACCUGUGCGGCGACGAGUCCGAGAGGCCGGCCAAGAGGUUAAAAAUGGGCCUCGCGGUGCCCGACGCCUUCAUCAACGACGUGUCCGUCAACAACCUGGGCGUGGACUUUGAGAGCCACACGCACCACCUCACCAGUGCCAAAAUGGCCGUCUCGGUGGCCGACUUCAGCAGCCUGUCUGCGAGCGAGACCAACGGCUUCAUGGGCUCCCACGCGCUCCACCCACACACCGCCCUGCACUCGGAGUGAUCCGCCGGCGGCCUGCGCAGCAGCCAGCUUGGCGGGGCCGUCAGGUUUGCGUAGUCUUUCACUGGAAGUUUGAACCUCUUUCACUAUGACAUCAGUGAUGUCUUUGUAUGUACAGAACUAUAUCUUGAUUUGUCAAGAGUAAUUUCAUUUUUCAAUCCAUAAAUGUGGAAAUGAACUAGGAUGUUCGGCAGAGUUUGGGACUAAGAUUGAACUCUGUGGCGCAGCUUUAAGCUCUGCUUUUCUCUCCUGUUUUCUCCCUUUCCCUGUUUCGUUGUGUGUUUUCUUUUGAAGCCUGUAGACGGGGCCGCCCCCGCGCCAGCGCGCGUUCUGAGCGGGGGCGGCUUCCCCACAGUCCAUCCCUUUGCCGUCACGGGUGUCGCGAGUUACGAUGUUUACAGGUGCCAGCCCGGACCCUGCGCGAUGUAGCAUGGGGGGUCGUUCCCUUUCUUCAGUAAACGCAGGGGCGGGCGUCCCUCCUUUAACUGCACACGCACGCCGGGAUGGCUGGGGUGGGGGCUUCUCUCCUGGGGCCCGACUAGAGCACUUCGGUGUACAGAGCGGCGAGGCCAUCCGUGCGGAAGGAGCCCUGCGGAGACGGUGACGUUGCAGGCCCGACUGCCUGCCCGCAGGCACAGGCCAGAGUGGGGAGCUCCACGACGACUUGUCGGGCGGCCUUUUGUCCGAGCCCCAGACGUGGACGGGUCGGGCGGCUUUGUGUCCCAGAGCCUGGGAGGGUCCUCGCGCGUUGUCGGGGGGGCCGCAAUUCUGAAUGUUGCAUCAGGGGGGACUGUCUAGAUUUUACCCAUAAUGCAGUAGAACCUUGAACCCCUCGCUCACAUCGGGUAUGCGGCCACCUGAAUGUUCGGGAAUGGCCCGCGGCCGGUGUCGCGUAGAGUCCGGACGCCCGUUUGCCUUUUCCACCUGCACGCCCCCGAGGCGCCUGGCCGGGCGAGGGGGGGCUCCGGGUAGGGCUCCUCCCCUUUUCUCCUCGCACUGUCUUAGUUACAUCGGCUGGAGACCUUGAAAGUGUGGCCGUGCCAGGGAGGUGGGCAGGGGUGUGCUGAGCCAGGAGGAGGGGGGGCAUCCCAACAUCGGGAAUCUGCCUGGAGCAGCCGGCCCUGCGCUCCGACAGCUCCGGGAGUGCCGUGGGCUUUGUGCCGCAGCGCGUUGACCACAACCGUAGCCUUAGUGUAGCCCAGCCCCCACUUCCCUCAGCCUCGGCGGGAAACACCUCGCGGCCGCCCGCGCGCGGCUCGACUCCGUUCCUCGUUUGUUUCUUUCGUUAACAAUCAACACGUUGUCUGUGAUUCCGUCCAUGCUGGCCCUCAUCUUCCAUUGUUAUGCAUUUGAGUUUUGACUCUGGGUUUACAGCGGCUGGUCUGUACAAAAUCACUUGACACAAAGAUGACUGAAUGCGAAUACCAGUUGCACUUAAAUGAACAUGCCCAUUCUCAGUAGCUGAUGCAGUCCUCUAUUCAGUUUAUCUAUGCAUUGCUGGGAUCUCGAUGGAGAUGGAGACGCUCUGGUUUCUCAUCUCAAGUUUGGAUUGUCAGCAAGUUGAAUGGACACUUUAGUUAUUUAAUAAAGAUUUUUGACCAAAAUCCAGAAAAUGGUAUGAGAGAAAAAUGAAUUCCGGCUAGUUUGGUAGAUUUUUAAAUGCCAAUCCUGAUUUUUAGCCUCUUGGGGAGUGCUAGCUAGCUGGUAACGUUUACUUUUAAUUCCUUGUUAAAAUGAGGCAAUAAUUUGCAAGAUUUUGUAUAUACAUGUAAAUUCUGCAUAUCUUUUUAGAUAUCUAAUUCAAUAUUUUCUGACUACUUCUGCCAUGUAUAGUACCAUUUUUGUGCAUGCCUGAUGUGACAUUCAUAAAUUGUACCACUAUGACUUUAUCCAUGUAAAAUAGCUAUUUAUUGAAUUUUCUUUUGAAAGCUGGACUUCUCUAUUUUUCUCUCAGUUUAAGCUUCUUAAUGGAGAAUUUGUUGCUGUUUCUUAAAAGAAUUGCGUUUGAGAGUUAGCAGGAAGAAAACGGAGCUGCAAUCCUAGGAAGAAAUCCUAUUGCCUUUAUUCUUACUUGUUAAAGCACAAUUCUUCUAACAAACUGUGAUGAAUUCUUUCUUUCCUUUGCCACAUUUUUUUUCAUAUGAACAAACCAAAAAUCCAUGAUGAGCAAUUGCAGUGUUGGUAGAUCUUUGUGUACCGGGAAAUCUGACAAGGACAGCGGAUUCAUUUAGAAGUGUAACUGGUGCUGUGACGAUAGCAAUACUUUUCUUUCGUUCGUCAUACUUCAUCUUGUCCAUGCUAGCCUUUUGAAUGUUGGGUUUUCCUCUUGUCACGGUCAACUGCUGAAUUUACUUGAAGGAUGUACAAUACUGUUUGCUGAAGAAUACAGAAGUGUGUACAAUUAGGUCAAAGAAUUGUGCAAUUGUUUCCUUUUCUUUUUUUAAUUUUUAAAAUUGAGGGUCAUAAAUGUGUGAGAACUUCAGAUCUAGUAGAGCAUAGUGAUACUAUUUAAUUUAACCAAAGUCUAGUAAAUAUUUCAACUUUGAAUGUAAACUAAUGAACAAGCCUGACCAACAAGGAGAUUGUUUGCCCAGAGUUACAAGCACAUUGUCUACAAAUGGGAAUUGAAAAUAAUUUAUAAAAAUAUUGACACGGUUACUAUGUUUUUUAAAAAGUUCCUAAUUUUUCACUAAAAGGAGGAAACUCUUAGCAGUUAUAUUGUUAAAAUAUGGUAGGUAUUACUAUUCCUUUUAGACGACCAGUGAUUCCAAUUGUCCCAGUUUGAAAUAAGUCCCCUGUGAGUAUGAGAUAAAUUAGUGACAAUCAGAACAAGUUUUAGUAUCAGAUGUUCAAGAGGAAGUCGCUAUUGUUGCAUUGAUUUUAAUAUUUGUACAUAAACACUGAUUUUUUUGAGCAUUAUUUUGUAUUUGUUGUACUUUAAUACCUGGUGUACAGUUCCAGAAAUAAAAGUCUGGAAAUCUUU